CGUUUGUGGAUGCACAACUCUCGUGUGAUGCCGGCAGCCAGACAGCCAGUGAAGUCGCAGGGACAUUAGCAUCAGAAGCAGUGACACCGAUCGACAGACAGACAGACACAGAGAGAGAGAUCCAGGAAAGCAGCAAGCAAUAUAUUUCACGGAUCGCGAGCAGCAGCCGAAUAAAGACGGGGCGGUGGGAUCCGAGUCUGACGCGCUCUGCCAAUGCUGCUGUCUCUGCUCCUGCUCGGCAUCUUGUGCUAGGCGCGCCGUUGCUAGCGGAGUUUACAACUAGAUUUAAUCUGUGUUCUGUUCUGUUGUGUUUUGUCUCUCGGCGGUGCCUGCUGCUUCUCAGGCGGUGAGGGUGGUCAAAGAAUUGCAGAAAAUGGACUAUGACUUCAAAGUAAGGCUGACGAGUGAGAGGGAGAGAGUGGAGGACCUGUUUGAAUACGAGGGCUGCAAAGUUGGAAGAGGCACGUAUGGUCAUGUCUACAAAGCCAAGAGGAAAGACGGGAAAGAUGAUAAAGACUACGCUUUAAAACAAAUAGAGGGUACUGGAAUAUCAAUGUCUGCUUGCAGGGAGAUAGCGCUGUUACGAGAGCUCAAGCACCCGAAUGUGAUCUCUCUGCAGAAGGUGUUUCUGUCCCACGCUGACAGGAAAGUGUGGCUUCUCUUUGACUACGCAGAGCACGACCUCUGGCACAUCAUCAAAUUUCACAGAGCUUCAAAAGCAAACAAGAAGCCAGUUCAGUUGCCUCGAGGGAUGGUGAAGUCGCUGCUGUACCAGAUCCUAGAUGGCAUUCACUACCUCCAUGCUAACUGGGUAUUGCACAGAGAUCUGAAACCUGCUAACAUUUUAGUAAUGGGUGAAGGUCCAGAGAGAGGACGAGUCAAAAUAGCUGAUAUGGGCUUUGCUCGGUUGUUUAAUUCACCGUUGAAGCCUCUAGCGGAUUUGGACCCUGUUGUAGUAACAUUCUGGUACCGGGCUCCAGAACUGCUGCUUGGAGCCAGGCAUUAUACCAAAGCAAUUGAUAUUUGGGCUAUAGGUUGCAUAUUUGCGGAGCUGCUGACGUCAGAGCCAAUAUUUCACUGUCGACAAGAGGACAUCAAGACUAGUAACCCCUAUCACCAUGACCAGCUGGACAGGAUAUUCAAUGUCAUGGGCUUUCCUCCAGAGAAAGACUGGGAAGACAUUAAGAAGAUGCCUGAACAUUCAACACUGAUGAAAGACUUUCGAAGAAACACGUAUACAAACUGCAGCCUUAUAAAGUAUAUGGAAAAACACAAGGUGAAACCCGACAGCAAAGCAUUCCAUUUGCUCCAGAAGCUGCUCACGAUGGAUCCAAUCAAGAGAAUGACCUCGGAGCAGGCUCUGCAGGACCUGUACUUCUUAGAGGAUCCGCUCCCCACUUCAGAUGUUUUUGCUGGUUGUCAGAUUCCUUAUCCCAAACGGGAAUUCCUAACAGAAGAGGAACCAGAGGACAAGGGAGACAAAAAGAACCAACAGCAACAGCAGGGUAACAACCACACUAACGGAGCUGGCCACACAGGCAACCAAGACAACAGCCACGCACAAGGACCCCCCCUGAAGAAAGUCAGAGUGGUUCCUCCCACCAAUACCUCAAGUGGACUCAUCAUGACCUCAGACUACCAGCGCUCCAAUCCACACGCUGCCUAUCAGAACCCUGGACCAAGCGCAUCGCUACCCCAGAGCAGCAUGGGAUACUCCUCUACCUCCCAGCAGCCUCCACAGUACUCCCACCAGACACUCCGGUACUGAGCGGUGUUCCAGUGCGCAGCGAUCGCUGGGGUAGCAGGACUGAACACGAAGCUGCCAGACUGGAGGAGAAUGUACUGUACAAGCACACCCCCGCGGCCUGCGCCUGCAUCCCCCCCCCCCCCCCCCCCCCCCGCGCGCUCUUCAUUCACUGUCACCGGGGGGGGGGCUUCGGGUUACACUUGAAAACUAUCAGUCCAAUGCAUAUUAAAAGAAAUGGUAAUUUAAAAAAAAAAAAAGGAAAGCAAGCACUAGCACAGUCUGUGUCGUUGAUAUGCUGCUGCUUCAUGGUUUACUUGCCCUCGUGCAUCACACCAACUUUACUGUCACAUUCCAGCAGCUUUAAAAAAAAAAAAAAAGCUGUGAAUGUGUACUACAACAAAAAGGGUUUGAUUUUAUUUUAUUGUCAAUAAAAAAAAUAAAAAAAAAAGUUCAUGUUACAAGAUGUGACCAGUCAAACACAUGCAGUCCACUCAACAACCGCAACAAAAUGACAGGAAUAACAACCCAAUCCGAUACCUGCUGCUUGAAGCCUAAUGUCUCUCUCUCAUCUUGAAUCAGGAACUCUGCUGCCUGAAAUAAUAAUAGGAAUCGUCCUCAUCAUCAUGAGUAGGGUUUUUGGUCCACGUCUUUGGUGUUUUUUGUGGAAGGUGAGCUGUUCCCAUUCCUCAGUGUUCAUGCUGCGUGUGAUGAGGACUCUGUGUAAGUGGUGACCUCCGCAGCUUUUCCUUUUUCUUUUUAUUUCAAUUCCACUGACACUACAGCUGCUGUAUCACCAAGUAAAUAAGCAGAACGCGUCUGUGAGUCUGCCCAUCCCUUCUGCAGACAGGUGCACAUGUGCUGGUCUGGGAGCAUGCUUUGGGCUCAGAAGCAUGGCUAAGAAGUUGGUUUUUUCAGCUAAUGUUAAUCAUCAAUCUAAAUGUUUCUCAUCACAUCACCAUAU